CAAAAGUUACCAAACGAUGCAUUUCGUUAAGCUUCCUUGUAUUAGGUAUCGUGGCCAUGUUUGCAUCUACUGGGGUUUAUGCUCCACAGCCAGGACCCUGUCGACAGCUAAAACAUACAAUAGCCGAUAGCAAAAACAAGGGCAUUAUGAUUCAUCGAUCCAUGUAUCUGGAUGUGUUUGGUGAGCAGGAGGCCAACAAACCCCCUACUCCAGUCAAUCUCUGCCUAGCUAUAGCCUGGCCUCCCAAGAAUCGGAAUGUCAUAUUGGGCACGGACCACAAGCAGUACGUGGUCAUCUACAUAUGCCACUAUUUGAAAGCUACGAAGUCCCAUGUGGAGCUGAUCAACACAUACACAGCGGAGAAGAAGCCGAGCCAGGAAACUCUGGUUGGUAUCUCCGAGGCUUUUACCAAGAACAGAGUGAAUGAGACCCUCCAACUGAUGUUAUGUGAUUACUGAGCAUCUAUAGAAUAAUGACGAGUACGAUUACUGGCCAUGUCUAAAUAUAGGUAAAACUAAUUUAAUUUUGUAGAGA